AGUUUGUAAUUUUUUAAGAUGGGAGGGAGUAUUUCGAUGUCAUUACCGACGUUGAUGACAACGAGAGAUUAGAAAUAUCCAAUUUCCACCGAGAACUCAUCUGACGGCACUACUGCUUACCGCCACGUGUUAUUCUCGUGGACAAUCUUAAUCAAGCCGGAUCCCCACCAGAUCCUUAUCUUCCAAGUUUAGAAUCUCUCUCCCUUACCAAUUCAGAAUCUGAUUCAUUUAAAAUUAAUCAACUUAACCCAAAUUAAUCUGCUAAUUAAUAUUGUUAAUUAACUUCUUUACCUAUUUCGAUUCACAUAACGCAAGCUCAGAGAGAGAGAGAGAGAGACAGAGUUAGGGUUUUACAGAUUCCAAUGUCUCUCCCCUGAAAAUCCGAAUCUCUCACCGCCGAAUCCAUUUCCGAUUCCGAUCAAUGGGAUCGUCAUCGGCGUUCUUCGUCAUCUGCAUUCUCCACUCUAUCAUCGCGAUCACAAGUGGAGCUCUCAUGAUGUUCUACAUGAAAGAAGUCUACACUUUCGGUCACGGUGUUCAAACGGCGACGAAGCUUCUCGGAUCCACGCCGCACGAUCAGCUCCUCAUCAAAACCUCCGAUUCGUUCUCCGGUUUGCUGCUGGUUGCUAUUGGAUUUCUCAUUUUCAUGGUUUCGUUUGUUAAGGAUCGGGAUUUUCAACACUUGUUUGCUAAGGGGUGUAUUUUGUUGCAUGUGUUUAUGGCGUUGUGGAGGAUCUACUUUGAAAGGAAGGUUGAAGAUCUUGCUUGGGAUUGGCUUAGACAAACUGUUGGUGAUGUUCUCUUGGCACUUUCGUGGGUUUUCUUCCUUAUUUACUCUUGGAGAGAGAAGUAUGAUUAGUUUUACUUUUCUUUCCUUUUUUUUUUCUGUUUAUUUUCUCCAUCAGGAUGAUUAUGAUUAUGAAUUUUCUGUUUUUAAUUUACUCUGUAAAAAUCAGACUGAUAUCACAUGUUUUUUUUAUUUAUCAAGUGAGUAUUUAAGCUGUGUAUUACCUUA